AUGUGGGACAGCACGGCCCCGCCGGAGUCGCCGGAGCACACGCCGCUGACCGAGCCGACCGCGCAGGCGCAGUGCCGCCAGCCCCCGCGCCCGCACGCGGCCAGCCGCAGCCGCAAGUACCUGCGUGCCGUUAUAGAGCACGGCCCCGCCGGAGUCGCCGGAGCACACGCCGCUGACCGAGCCGACCGCGCAGGCGCAGUGCCGCCAGCCCCCGCGCCCGCACGCGGCCAGCCGCAGCCGCAAAGCACGGCCCCGCCGGAGUCGCCGGAGCACACGCCGCUGACCGAGCCGACCGCGCAGGCGCAGUGCCGCCAGCCCCCGCGCCCGCACGCGGCCAGCCGCAGCCGCAAGUACCUGCGUGCCGUUAUAGAGCACGGCCCCGCCGGAGUCGCCGGAGCACACGCCGCUGACCGAGCCGACCGCGCAGGCGCAGUGCCGCCAGCCCCCGCGCCCGCACGCGGCCAGCCGCAGCCGCAAAGCACGGCCCCGCCGGAGUCGCCGGAGCACACGCCGCUGACCGAGCCGACCGCGCAGGCGCAGUGCCGCCAGCCCCCGCGCCCGCACGCGGCCAGCCGCAGCCGCAAGUACCUGCGUGCCGUUAUAGAGCACGGCCCCGCCGGAGUCGCCGGAGCACACGCCGCUGACCGAGCCGACCGCGCAGGCGCAGUGCCGCCAGCCCCCGCGCCCGCACGCGGCCAGCCGCAGCUGCAAGUACCUGCGUGCCGUUAUAGAGCACGGCCCCGCCGGAGUCGCCGGAGCACACGCCGCUGA